CUGUGCAGGUUUUUUGUGUCACCGUCUCGAGGGUAGGCCUUUUAUUUACCAUAUAUAGUUAAUUGUUUUUAUUUGCAUUGUGAGAGAUAGAGGGGUCCAGAGCUUGGUUAGUUGCGUUCAGUUGAUUGCAGAGUGGCUUAUUGGGGGGAGGGGUGGUAGGUUGUGGGGUCAGGUUAACCAUAUUGAUUUGUGUGCUGUUGUGGGGGAUAGUUCGUUGUCUUGUUGUGUUGCGUAUGUGAUGAAGAGGAACUCCUUUGCUUGUCCCUGUGCUAGUUGUAAGUUUGUUGGCUAACUUUUCUAAUUGGUCGGUUUCACGUAUAUUUUGAUCCAAUGGUCUAUGUUCAUUUCUAAUAGGUUCUUCCAGUGUCUAGUUAAAAUAUUUCUAUGACAUGAGUUCCUUGUCAUGUGCAUGUGUGUUGUUCACCUGGAAUAUGUUUAAUAGGGCUAGCGUUCUAGAGUUGCUUCUAUUACCUGUUGUUAUUUUGGAGAUUUCCUGUGGCAGUGAUAUCCAAAAGGGUUGAACUUUGGGGCAUUCCCACCACAUGUGGAGGUAUGUGCCUAUGUAGGUGCAGCCUCUCCAGCAUUUGGAUGAGGUUCCUGGGUGUAUCAGCACCAGCUUGCGUGGUGUUAGGUACCAUCUAUAGAUAAGUUUCAGAGUGACAGUCUACCGCCUUCUGAGGGAGUCUGUUCCACUGUCAAGCAACCCUUGCUGCCAAAAAGUUCUUCCUGAUGUUUAAUCAGAAUCUCCUUUCUUGUAACUUGAAACCAUAGGUCCUAGCCUCUGGAGCAGGAGGAAACUAGCUUGUUCCGCCUAUAGAAACCUGAAAAUGGCUGUCACAUCUCACCUUAGUCUCCUCUUUUCCAUGCUAAAUAUUCCCAACUCCUUCAACCGUUCCUCACAAGGCUUGGUUUCCUUUAUCAUUUUGUUCACCUUGUUCUGCAUAUGUUCCAGCUGGUCAAUUCUGCCCAGAACAGGACUCAGGAUUUCAGGUGUGGUCUGACCAAGGCAGAAUAGAGUGGGAUUAUGAAUUCCCUUGCUUGGGACACUAUACUUCUGUUAAUGCAGCUUAGAAUAGCAUUAACAUUUUUUGCUGUGCCACACUGUUGACUUGCAGUUCACCAAAACCCCUAGAUCCUUUUCACAUAUACUGCUUGUUGUAUUACUGGACCAAUGAGGUGAAGAGAUGGGGAUAAGGGGCACACACUGCAACUAGAUUCUUAGAAACUGCCUAGAUCUCAUAAAAUCAUAGAAUCUUAGAGUUGGGAGGGACCCAAGGGUCAUCUAGUCCAACCCCUGCAGUGCAGAAAUCUUAGCUAAAGCAUCCAUGACAGAUGUGUAUUCCAGAUGUGGUCUGACCAAGGCAGAAUACAGUGGGACUAUCUAUAACUUCCCUUGAUCUGGACACUACACUUCUGUUGAUGCAGCCUAGCUUAUUUUCCUGCUGCAUCACACUGUUGACUCAUGUUAAGGUUGUGGUCCAUCCAGACCCUAGAUCCUCUUCACAUGCACUGCUAGUAAGCCAGGUGUCCCCCACCUUAUAUGUGUGCAUCUGGUUCUUCCUGCCAAAGUGCAACACCUAUUGAAAUCUGUUAAGGUGACAUUGAAUCCUGAUUCUGACUUCAGGGGGAUUGGCUUCUCCAAUGAUGAGUUAAUAAGUAUCUCCUCAGUUCCUUUGUCCAAAUCAUUUAUAAAACGUUGAAGAACAACAGGCCCAGUACAUGCGUGUUCCGGUCACAACAAGUAGGUAAAAUUUCUAGAUAUAUUGAAUGCCCUAGAAUAGCUGGCAGUGGAACAGACCAGCCGGUCACUCCCCUGGACUUAAUCCAAAUGGAUCCUUUAAAAUUAUUCCAAGGUGCUCAAGUGUCCUCUGAUAAAACAUAAAAUUCUGCCCACAUGAGGAAAUAAGGUUGCCAGGAGAGCAUGAGGAAGGCUACUUUCCGUUGUAAUGUCUGCGAAGAAAUGCAGAUUAUGUAAAAGCUGUGUUUGGGGAGGCAACAGAUUCUUGCAGGAAAUGAACCUGACUGCAAACACAAUAAUGUGCCGUUUCUGUGCCACUUCACCACCCAGGAACUCCAAGCAGGCAGUGAGGGGUAUAGGAAGAUCCUUUGGGAAUGCUGAUGGGGAAAUGAUGGCUCUGUCUCCUGCAGCAUUUAAUGCAGUUGUACACCUUGCCUUUAGAUAAUGCAAACAAGGCUGCUUCAGAGCAUGAGGAAGAGGCAAGCAAAGUCAGGCAAGCGCUUGAUGUCUCUUCCUAAAGGGAAGAAGCUGCAAUAUGGUUUUGCUUUUAAAAAGAGGCAGCUGUAGGAAAGGAGAGAUGGUUAGGGACCAUCCCAAGAAUGAAACAAGAAUGAGAGUGCACCCAUUAAAAUGAAAAAAUUCCUUCAGUAGCACCUUAAAGACCAACGAAGUUUUUAUUUUGGUAUGAGCUUUUGUGUGCAUGCACACUUCGUCAGGUAUCAGCAGGUCUAGAGAAAUGAGUGAGAUACAGUGGUACCUCGCAAGACGAAUGCCUCGUGCAACGGAAAACUUGCUAGACGAAAGCGUCUAGCAAUUCUUUGUUGCCUUGCAAGACGAAACUUUCUAUGGCCGCAUCUUGCAAUACACUUUUUUUUGCCACUCCCCCCCCCCAAUCUGCCGUUUGUUUCCGCAAGACGAAAAUUUUCGUAAGACGGCAUGACCCGCGGAACGAAUUAUUUUCGUCUUGCGAGGUAUCACUGUAUUGCUCUUUCUGUGGCUGUUAGGCGUUGAGACAUCUCCCCUUUUGCCUUGGCCAUUUGCCUGCUGGGAGGAAUGGGGAUGUUCCCUCCGAAGAAAUAUCUGCUUUGGCAGCAUUUCAUUUUGUAGCAUUUUGCUUCAGCUACUUUGUCCUAGAACAGUCCCAUGUACAGACACCCACAAAGACUUGUGCAUUUUCCAGUAUUGUCAGGGGGACUCCCUACAGGGAGCCCCCCCCCUGGUCAUCCUGACCAGCACUUCGCCCAACAAUAGCACGAGCAGCAAGUCAGGAAGAGGGAAUGAGGAAUGGAGCGGAAUGGAGGGAGGGCUCAGUGAGGCGUCCGAGCCCUGGCUAUGCUCUGGGGAACAGGGCAGGCAGGAAGGGCUCAGAGAUGCGUCAGAGCCUUGGCACCGCUCUGGUUGAGGGACAGCGAAUGAGGGGGUCAGUGAGAUGUCGGAGCCCAGGCGCCACCCCAGCCAGCAAGAGGGGAGACCUCUCCUUCUGGCGCCCGAAUUGAGGCGUGCACCCACAAAUAAGGGGCGGCGUUUCAGGAUGCCCAGGCUUUUAUGCUGGCCCAGAAGCAGACGGAAGCCAUUGCCGGGUUCUGAAAGUGACUAGAUGCAUCCAUUGGGACUCUGCAAUAGCAAUGAUGAAGAGGAUUUGUACGAAUAUGGCUGGGUUGGAGUGGUGAAGCUGGAGCAGCCGGAGGUGGAACCCAAGCCCUGUCUGACAGUCUUGGGCAAGGCCAAGCGGGCAGUUCAAAGAGGGGCCACAGCUGUCAUCUUUGACGUAUCCGAGAACCCAGAUGCAAUUGACCAGUUGAACCAGGGCUUGGAAGACCCCUUGAAAAGGCCCAUUGUGUAUGUGAAAGGAGCAGAUGCUGUCAAAUUGAUGAACAUUGUCAACAAGCAGAAGGUGGCCCGUGCCAGGAUUCAGCACCGGCCUCCACCGCAACCUACCGAAUACUUCGACAUGGGGAUUUUCUUGGCCUUUUUCGUGGUGGUCUCUCUCGUGUGCCUUGUUCUUCUGGUCAAGAUCAAACUGAAGCAGCGCCGCAGCCAGAAUUCCAUGAACAGGCUUGCUGUGCAGGCCCUGGAGAAGAUGGAGACCCGGAAGUUCAAGUCUAAGCUGAAAGGGCCCAGCGAAGGCAGCUGCCCUGCCCUGGACACACUGAGCAGCAGCUCCACCUCUGACUGCGCCAUUUGCCUCGAGAAGUACCUGGAUGGGGAGGAGCUGCGCGUCAUUCCCUGCGCUCAUCGGUUCCACAGGAAGUGUGUGGACCCGUGGCUUUUGCAGCACCACACCUGCCCGCAUUGCCGCCACAACAUCAUUGAGCAAAAGAAGGGCACCACCGGCCAGGUGUGUGACGACCUUGCCAAUCAGAUGCGUAGCCGUCAGCAGCAGCAGCGCAUGAUCCUGCCCGUCCAUUACCCUGGCCGAGUGCACAGAGCCAGCCAGGUCACCACUUACCCCACACGAACCAGCAUGGACCCCCACGGGAACCCUAUCACCGUCCUGACAGUGGACCGGCACAGGGAGGCCCCAGCCUUCCUCCGGAGCUACCAGCCCAUCCACUUGGACCAUGCUCUGAACACACACCAGUGUGGGGUGGAGCACAGGCCUUACCCAGCCAUUCACACUUUCCGAAGGCCCAAGUUCAGCAGCCACCACUUCUCCAAGCCAGCUUGCUUCUCCCAGUACGAGACCAUGUUCCAGCACUACUAUUUCCAAGGCCUUAGCUACCCGGAGCAGAACGGACCGCUGCCCCUGGGCGUUGCUGCCAAGGGCCCCUCGCGUGCCUUCCAGCCUGUGGGCGGUGGUGGUGGCAGUGGCAGGCUCUUUGCCCCUGUGGUCCAUGUUGCCCCUUCCUCCCGCCUGGAGAGCGGCAGCACUUCCAGUUUCAGCUGCUACCACGGCCACCGCUCCGUCUGCAGCGGCUACCUGGCCGACGGCCCUGGGAGCGACAGCAGCAGCAGCAGCGGCAGCAGUUCGGGCCCCUGCCACUGCUCCUCCAGUGACUCCAUGGUGGACUGCACCGAGGUCAGCAACCAGGGGGUCUAUGGGAGCUGCUCCACCUUCCGCAGCUCCCUGAGCAGUGACUAUGACCCAUACAUCUACCGCAGCAAAAGUCCCUGUCGGGGGGGUGAGGUGGGAGGGGCUAGCAGAGGGACCAUGGUUCUUCUGGAAGGGCCCCCUGCUCCGAAUGUGGUGGAUGGCGACUGCCUGCCUGUGCUGGCCACUUCCGCAGGGGACCAGCUCUCCAACUGCAGCCUGGAGAUGAAUUACAGCAGCAACUCCUCACUAGAGCACCGGGAGCCUCCAGGCACCAUCCCCGAGGGGGGAGGGCUUGAGGGCCUGGCGGGGGGAGCCAGCCGGACCUGCAGAGGACUCCGGGAGCCGGUUUGUGCCUGCUGUUUUGAGGCCCCUCCUGCACCCCGGGAGUCGCUGGGCAGGGCAGCUGAGUGCAGCAUGCUGCUUCUUGGACCGCCUCUUUGGACAGGGUGUGGCUCUGGGCGAGAGCUGCAGGCAGGAAGAAGCCAAGAUCUGUACAGUAUUAGGACAGAGGGGGGGACAUGCGAAGCUGUGCCCUGUUGCUUCUAUGAAGAGAAGCAGGUGGCCAGCAACAGCCGCCUGACGCAGCCUGGCUGCUAUGCCGCCGAGGACUAUGCUGUCAGCGUGCAGUAUACGUCGUGUCCAGAGGACUCCUCUGCCUUGCCGGGCUGCUACGUGGGGGGAUGUGACCUGGGUCAGCGCAUCUCCAUAAUUCCCGAGGACCAGGACUGUGAGCUGCCCCUGCCUCACACGGAUUGCCACGGAGGCAGCAGCCGCUCACGGGAGGAGCCACGUGGAACAGCAGCCAUGAACCAACUCUGCCUGGGUCCAGGGGAGGAUCAGCCGGGGGACUUGCUGCAAGGGGAAGCCCUGGGGCUCUUUCCCAGCCCCCUCCUGAGCUGUCCUGAGGCAGCUGUUGUGGCAGCAGCAGGAGGAGGAGGCACCCAGAUGGUGGGUAAGUCAGCAGCUCCAGCAGGUGUGCAGGAAAGGUGUUGGAGGUGGGACACCAGCUCCUCAAUCUGCAUAGAUGCUUCAUGAGGGAUGGCAAACUCUGAAAUGUGUUCCUGCUGGAUGUCAGGCACAGCAGCCUGCCAGGCUCUUACCUGGCCCUCCUGGGAGUGUGCUGGCUUUGGGGCGGUGGGCUUGGUGGGGUGUCACUUUUGACACCUGCCUUUGCGCAUGCAGAAGCGUAGAACCCAUGGUAUGGUCCCAAGCAGAGAGAAGGAACGGACGCAACUGCGCAGGGCGUGGGGCUUGCAGGGAAGCAGAUUUUGGCUAAACUGUGGGUUGCUCAAUUUCAGCUGCUUGUAGUUGCUGUGGAUGUGGAAGCCUUCCCCUCUGGCUGCCUACUCGAGGCACUUGCUUUGUCUUUUCAGGCUGUGAUCCUCCAGGCCCAGGCCAGGUUGGUGACUAAUGAGAGCAGGAGCCUGUCUUUGUGCCUCGCGAUCUCUCCUGGACUUCAAAAUUGUCUUUAGCUUUUGCUCACCCAUUGAAGUGGUCAACUGGAGAAGGCACCUUCCGCAGUGUGCAUUGAAGCCUCUAUGCCACAAAGUGUUCGCAAGAAGCCACCGUGCUACUUCUGCCGCCUCCUGCAGCUGGGCAGGAGCCCAGAGAGGGCCAUCAAGCCCCGCUGCCUGCAGAGAUCAUCUGGGCCUGCCUUAGAAAGCAAACGGCACCUUGAAGCAAAAGAAGUCCAAAGGAGUGGCAGCAAUGAGGAUGACUGCGAGGGGGCAGGGGAAGCAGGCUGGCUGCGGAGUGCCCCUUCCUCCUCACAGCCAGUCCAGCACCAGUCAAUGAGUUGGGGACAGAAGUCAGGAGCGUUCUGGAGCAUAGCAUCUUCCAGGAUAGUUUUACCUGCCCCCGGAAGAUGAGGGGUCGGGGGACCAAUGAAUGUUUCUAAGGAGCACACCUGCCGCAGUAAUCUCAGGGGCUCUGCUGAAAGAGGAAAAGGGCUUUUUGGGAUGAUGCGGGUGCUUGGUGCUGCUCUUCCUAGGGGUGUGUUGGUUAAGGCUGGACCUAAGCCCUGCCUUGUGUUUGCUGCUGCAGAGAUGGUUGCUGCCAAUGGCUCUGAGGCCCGUGCCUUGUGCCUGCCUGUGUUCGUGUCCCGGCAGGUAGAGAUCCCUCCCUCUUUUUCUGUUGAUGCAUGUUGUCACUUGCUUCCAAUUGUUAAUCGUUUCCUGUGGAAACAAUGGCUUCUGUCUCCCAUAGGCAUGAUUCCAAAGGCCACCUGGUCUGCGUGGGCAGGACCUCAGGGAAUGCCACUGUUUGGGGUCUGUGGAUGCAUGCUGUAUGCGGGCUGCUUCUAUCUUCUCUGUGAUGUCUGUGAUGGACAUUUUGCUAAACUGUGUCCAAAAUGUGGAUUGUGGGAGGAGGGUGUUUAAUGUUUUCUUAAUGGAAUGUGCCUAGAACUCUCUCCCUACCCCAGCCUGUUUAAUUUACUAAAACCAAUGGCACUGUGUGAUUCAGAAGAUAUCUAACCUCUCCAUUUGUGCCCAGCUCAUGAAAAUAAAAAGAAAGCUUGAAUAGUAUACAUUUUAAGGAGCUCUUAACCUGUUCAAGGUUAAACGAACAGACCCCAGUGUUUUACCCAUCAGUAAUUAUUAACUCAGCAUUGUGCAUGUUCACAAAGUGAAGUUCCCUGGUGAGCUGCAGUAUCUCUCAGCCAUGUGUUUCUGUGUGCCAGAGGAGUACAUGGAAGGAAAAUAGGUUCCGUUUUGAUUUCUGCAUAUGAGAUCAAAGCCAAGAGGUGAUGGCCCGGCCCAUGGGCAUCCUCGCCUCAUGUUCUUAUGAUCUCUGUGCUGUGACAUAGGUGGGAUCUGCAGCCACACAGCAGCAUUCCAGAAGGUUCUAGAGCUUAGAAGAGCUUGCAGCCCUGCUCCGAAGUGAGGGGACCCCUGUGCCGGCUGACUUCAAGUCAGGGGCCUCCACUCUCCUCUCAGUUUCUUUUCAAGACUCUCUCUCUCUCUCUCUCUCUCUCUUGCUUUACAAAUAUUUAUCCCCAAAAUAUUUCAUUUCAGUUUAUCUCCUGUCAUUGAAUAUACGUGUGUCAUCCAAAGCGAGAGAGGAGAGAAGGAACUGAAUUUGGAAACAAAAUUAAAAAAUUCCUUCCAGCAGCACCUUAGAGACCAACUAAGUUUGUCAUUGGUAUGAGCCUUCUGAAGAAGAAGAGGAGGAGGAGUUUGGAUUUGAUAUCCCCUAAGGAGUCUCAAAACGGCUCACAAUCUCCUUUCCCUUCCUCUCCCACAACAAACACUCUAGUGAGGUGAGUGGGGCUGAGAGACUUCAGAGAAGUGUGACUAGCCCAAGGUCACCCAGCAGCUGCAUGUGGAGGAGCGGAGACGCGAACCCGGUUCCCCAGAUUACGAGUCUACCGCUCUUAACCACUAUGCAUGCACACGAAAGCUCAUACCAAUGACAAACUCAGUUGGUCUCUAAGGUGCUGCUGGAAGGAAUUUUAUUUUGUUUUGAGUACCUCAGUUUCUAUCUGCUUUCAUAGAAUUAUAGAGUUGGAAAGGGCCCUGAGGGUCCUCAAGUCCAAUCCCCUUGCAAUGCAGGAAUCCAUACUUUUGCCUUCAUUUUUUUAAUGUACAAAAAGUGUGGCUCCUGUAUCUUUCAAGUAGGAACACCCCCCCCCCUGUGCCUGACAGAAAUGUGCUCCGCUGAGGUCCAUCUCAGGAAGGUUUUUCAGAAGGGAACAUGGUGCUCAGGCUGAACCCUGUUGUGGCCCAUGCCCGGCCACAGUUCUCUGUGUUGGGUGACCAUCUUGCUGAAGGCUGUUGCCUCAACUCGUUUGUAUCCCAUCCAAGGGCUGCCAGGUUUGUCAAUCCCCAAGUUUUGUGAUGAUACUGACUGGGGCCAGAAGUGUUUGAGCUCAAAAUGGCACAAGGCUAAUAGCAAGAGCUGUCCUAUCCCCAAAACUGCACCAUGAUCGGUUCCAACCUCUGUUUCUGCCUCUGCAGUCGGCCCAGCAAUCUGGUUUUUUUGGAUGCUCAUACACUUCCAUUCACAACUUGUGCUUUGGGCAGCCUAGAGCCCGUGUGUCAUCAUUUCCGGUGAUGACUGAGGCUUCCAUAUCCACGAUGACUCCCCAGUUCACGCUCCUCAGCUUGGUCCUGAAACACGUGUGCAGCUGGCCUCACACUCUGAUCAGUCCUCUGUAACGAGCAUCCUCAGUACAGACUCUGGUUCCCUCUUUGUACUCGAGGCAUGUGGUUUAAAUGCAGGCACCUUCUUGUCUCUCUGAAUGGAUGAUAAUGGAGUCCUGGCAUUUCACCCAAGUCUUCGUACCAAGCACAGAUACGGAUUUAUUCCCACUACAGGUUGCUUGUGGUCUUGGUAGACGAACCCCCUAGGUGUCUGGAGACACAGACUUUGUGUCUAGCACAUGCAGUAUAGAUGCUUUAACACAAAGGACAUUGUCUAGAUCUUGUACCUUAUAGAUGGCAUCUCAAUACAUACCAGGAGCCAUACAGAUGCAUCAUGCAUAAGGGCAGUUUGUAGCCUAUAUGCAUAUCUAGCAAACAUUACUGGUUUGUGGGAAUGAUCUGGCCUGGGCCUUGGAACCCAGCACACCUGUGUAGAUAAUUUCGUGGACUUCUGUAACCUUUGGUUACCUAAGCUCUGGAACCAAGCAUUUAUGAUACCCGCAUCUAGCACAAUAACACUGCAAACAGCCGAAGAUCUGGUCCCUGCUCUAGAACUUAAAUUAAUUCUGCAGUCUUGGUACCUGGGUCAUUUCUGAAUGAUUACUAUCUCUGAGAUGGAAGAGGGGUGAAUUCAUUUCACUACCUAGCCUGCCGCUUAGUACCAGAAGUUUUAACAGCCUGCAUGCUAAUGAAGUGCUGGGUGUCAGCAAUCUGAUGCCAAACUCUAGCUUCCAUUUUUCACACUUCCCUUUGUUUGGUAGCAAUGCUAAGGCACUGCCUCUGAUCCUUAGCAGUCAUUGGGUAGAUCCAUUUUGAGUGCCUUCUACUACCCAAUAUACACCCUUAAACAGGUUCAGUGGUUGUUACCCACUUUUCUGUCCUGCACUGAUUUCUGUCACUAGCACUUUCUUUGAAUCUUUGAAUUUUGUCCACGAGGUCUGACAAUCUGGCAUCUGUCUUCUAGCAGUGUUUCAGCUCCCAAGCUGUGAAGGAUGCACAGAAUUAAGGCUCAAAGCACCAAACAACGAACAGAUCUUUUCUGCUCAGUGUCUAACCUGAGCAUGUUUAUGCCCUUCCAGGCUUGUUUGGACCACCUUACAAGAGCCUAGGGGUGAAGUCUUUCUCCUGCCCCCCUCCAUUUGAUGGAGGACCUGGUCAGUACACUUAUUUGCAUUUCAAAGACAAACUUGAAAACACCCCUGGGGUAUUCAGGCCAAUUUCAGAUCCUCCAGAGUCUGGGAGUUGAUUGCUUUUUGCUCUUCAUCUAGUCCAACUUCCUGCAAUGAGAUUAAGUCUCUCAUGUUCUACCAGUAAUUGAGCUUUGCUUUUCUGUGGGGGAAUUCUACAUUGGCAACUUUAGGUAACUGAAAGCUAACUCUCAUCGGACAAAAGGCAUGCCACAAAGUCCAGUGAGCUUGCCUGCCCCACGUGAGCAAUGAUUAGUUGGCCUGAGGUCUUGCCUUUGUGUUUAUCGGGAGUGGCCUUUUCCUUUCUGGAGCAUUCUGUCUAUGUUGAUCCUCAUUUUAGAUCAAUCUUCAGGACUCACUCAAGAAUCUGACCUUCUCUUUAUAGCCUUCACUUGGGUACUGGUUGAUGGCAAUGCCUGGUCUCUGUGGAGCCUCUCCCUAAGGGGCCUCAUCGCCUGACUUGCAUGACAGGGCCAUCAUCUCCUCUCAGGAUGCCUGCCUACAGGUAUGAUGUGCCCUUCACAGGAUGCACCCCUGAGACCAGGCCACAGAACCAGCCAAGUUUCAUUCCGGGAGGAACCAGAACUCUUUGGAGUGGCCAUCUAUGCCCCUCUGUACUCACUUUCCUUCCCUGUUGAAUGAAGGGGCUGCGGCUUGCUCCAAGGAAUGGCAGGAGAGGCCUGAGGUGUACAGUGGCCAUGGAGCUUCCCUGCUUGAGAGCAGGGGCUGCAAGCUGUCCUAAGCCCUUCCCAAAUGCUUUCUGCACAGGUGAAGAUCCCACCUGUGUGCGACAAUGCAAGGAACCACUCAGAAAGUGGCAACAGGUAAGCAGCCUGGUUAUGGGGCACUUGUGGCCUCCUGCUUCUUCCAUCAUCCCCAGCCAGGACAGCCAGAGGUCAGGGACGAGGAGAGGGUGUAAUCCCAACAGCAGGUUUGCCAGCCCUGAGCUCAGUCUCAGGAUCAGAAGGCAGGAACAGGCUCCUCUGUGGAGCUUGCAUGCCUUGCUUGGACACUUUGCAGCUGGCUUAGAAAGUCUCUCUUCGCUUUCUCUCCACCCCCAGUAACGAGGGUGCUUCCAGUUUCUGGCUCCUGUGUGUCUUCAUUUCCUCGUCCGAGAGCUUCAUGACAAAGGUUUUGUAAUGGUCAGUACAAUAGAUGUUUUUAAUCCAAAAUGCCUUCCUAUUUAAUUAAUUGUUGCCAUUUUGAUGGGCUCAUGAGGCACUAUUAAAAAAAACUUUUUUAAGAAAAUGAAACUUCUGUAGCACUUAAAACAGUUUUGUAUAAAAUGUACUGUAAAGAUUUGUAAUAUGGUUAAAGGGCUCUUUCUCCAUUACUAUUUUUAAUGUUUCUAAGGCUAGGAAACAAUUUGUGUACAUUCUGUAUAUGUAUAGCAGCACAUUUCAUUUAUGGAAAGAUGUUCUCAGAAUAUUUAUUUACUAAUAUAUUUAUCUUAAGCCAUGUCCUAUGUUGAGUGUGUGAUGUUAUUGUCUAAAUAAUAAUAAUAAUUGAAAAUCACUAACAGGAAGCCUGUAAAUACACAGUAAUUGCACACAAAGAUUUUGCAAUGUUUGCUGACCAAAAAGUGAUUUUACAACAAAUUGUAGCUCUACGGUUUUGUAACAAAAGUGUACAAAUGUCUGUUUAACCCCCCUCCCUUCAAUACAGUUUUAUUGUCUAACUUGAAA